UCGCACCACCCGUCGCUCCCACCCCGCGCCCCCUCCCGCCGCUGCCGCCGCCGCCGCCGCAGCCACCCCCAUUGUCCUCUCUGCUCUCCUCGCGAGUCCAGGGCAUGCUUGGUGCUCCUGCUCCCGGCUUCGGCGGCGGUGAAACUCACUACCCACCCGCGGAGACAUGAGACGCAGGCCGCGGGCCGUCCUGGCCCUGGGGCUGCUGCCCUUCUGCCUGGUCCAGGCCAACUUCGCCCCCCAUUUCUUUGACAACGGAGUGGGCAGCACUAAUGGAAACAUGGCCCUAUUCAGCCUCCCAGAGGACACCCCUGUGGGUUCUCAUGUGUACACACUGAAUGGGACAGACCCCGAGGGAGACCGGGUCUCCUAUCACAUCAGCUUUGACCCCAGCACUAGAAGUGUCUUUUCUGUUGACCCCAAUUUUGGAAACAUCAGCCUGAUUGAAGAGCUGGACAGAGAGAGGGAGGAUGAGAUUGAAGCCAUCAUCAGCAUUUCUGACGGCCUGAACCUGGUGGCAGAAAAAGUCACGAUCCUAGUGACGGAUGCCAAUGACGAGGCACCCAGGUUCAUCCAAGAGCCUUAUGUUGUACUAGUUCCUGAGGACACACCUGCCGGGAGCAGCAUCUUCAAGGUCCAUGCAGUGGACAAGGACGCUGGCUCUGGAGGGAGUGUCACCUACUUCCUGCAGGACCUGCACUCCACCAAAUUUGCCCUGGAUCGCCACAGCGGAGUGCUGCGCCUGCAGGCUGGAGCCACUCUGGACUAUGAGAAGUCCCCGAUGCAUCUUGUCACUGUGGUUGCCAAGGAUGGCGGGGGCAAGCUUCGAGGUGCCGAUGUGGUGUUCUCAGCCACCACCACUGUCACGAUCAAUGUGGAGGACGUCCAGGACAUGCCUCCUGUCUUCCUGGGCACACCCUACUACGGCUAUGUGUACGAAGACACCCUGCCGGGCUCAGAGGUGUUGACAGUGGUGGCCAUGGAUGGAGAUCGGGGCAAACCCAACCACAUUCUCUACAGCCUCAUGAACGGUAGUGAUGGAGCCUUUGAAAUUAAUGAGACAUCUGGAGCCAUUUCCGUCGUGCAGAGCCCUGCCCAGCUCCGGAAGGAGGUGUAUGAGCUGCAUGUACAGGUGACAGAGGUCAGCUCUGCAGGGAGUCCAGCUGCCCAGGCCAUGGUCCCUGUCACUAUCAGAAUUGUGGACCUCAACAACCAUCCACCAACAUUCUAUGGAGAGAGUGGGCCUCAGAACAGGUUUGAGCUGUCCAUGUAUGAACAUCCACCCCAGGGGGAGAUCCUGAGGGGCCUCAAGAUCACCGUCAAUGACUCCGACCAGGGAGCCAAUGCCAAAUUCAACUUGCGGCUGGUGGGACCUGGAGGCAUCUUCCGAGUGGUCCCACAAACGGUCCUAAAUGAAGCCCAAGUCACCAUCAUUGUGGAGAACUCAGCAGCCAUUGACUUUGAAAAGUCUCAAGUGUUAAUCUUUAAGCUCCUGGCCAUUGAAGUGAAUACUCCAGAGAAGUUCAGUUCCACGGCUGAUAUUGUGAUCCAGCUCCUGGACACCAAUGAUAAUGUCCCCAAGUUCACUUCCCAUUACUAUAUUGCCAGGAUCCCUGAGAAUGCCCCAGGGGGCUCCAACGUAGUGGCUGUCACAGCUGUGGAUCCAGACACAGGACCCUGGGGCAAAGUCAAAUACUCCAUCUAUGGGACUGGGGCAGACCUGUUCCUGAUACACCCAUCCACUGGACUUAUCUACACACAGCCCUGGGCCAGCCUGGAUGCCGAAGCAACUGCUAGGUACAACUUUUAUGUGAAGGCUGAGGACAUGGAGGGCAGGUACAGCCUAGCUGAAGUAUUUGUCACUCUGCUGGAUGUCAAUGACCACUACCCCCAAUUUGGUAAGAGCAUCCAGGAGAAGACAAUGGUCCUGGGGUCCCCAGUGAAAAUUGAGGCCACAGAUCAGGAUGCAGAGGAACCCAACAACCUGGUGGACUAUUCCAUCAUGCAUGCAGAGCCAGUCAAUGUGUUUGACAUUGAUGCACACACAGGGGAGAUCAGGCUCAAGAACUCCAUCCGCUCCCUGGAUGCCUUGCACAACAUCACUCCUGGAGGGGACUGUACUUGGUCUCUACAAGUGCAGGCCAAGGACCGAGGCUCCCCAUCCUUCAGUACCACGGCCUUACUCAAGAUUGACAUCACAGACACUGAGACACUGUCCCGAGGCCCCAUGGCUGCCUUCCUGAUACAUACUAAGGACAAUCCCAUGAAGGCUGUGGGUGUACUGGCCGGUAUCAUGGCCAUCGUUGUGACCAUAACUGUCCUCAUCUCCACUGCCACUUUCUGGCGCAACAAGAAGUCCAACAAAGUCCUGCCAGUGAGACGUGUACUCCGCAAGCGCUCCAGUCCUGCACCCCGCACUGUCCGCAUUGAGUGGCUCAAGUUCAGGAGAGCCAAGUCUGCCACCAAGUUCAUGCUCAAAGAGGAUCCUUCCAAUGAGAACUGCAAUAACAGCACAAGAAGCUCAUUGCCCCCCAUAGCUCCAGCUCUCCCUCCACCCCCUAGAAUGGUACCCAACACAGUCACCCACUGUACGGUGCCUACAGUCUCUGGAUCCCUCACUCCUGAGAGACCCCAACAGUCACCUCAAUCUGAGGCCUUGAAAAAUCCCACCCAGUCAACUCUGAUCUCUGAGCUCAAGCAAAAGUUCGAGAAGAAAAGUACAAACAACAAGGCUUACUUCUAAAGAGUAUCCUGUGGCUCCUUCUUCCCUUCCUCCUGAACACAGCCACCCUGCUGAUCUCAACGUACUCCCCUCCCUCUGCUUCUGAAGGUCACCCCUGUUUUGUACCCCACCCACAAGGCUCUGGACAGGGCCUUAGGCAAGUGAUUUCUCAGGAUGCAUUUGACAAAUAUGUCCCCAUAUCCUAAUUCUUGACACAACUUUGAUGCUCGCCAUUCUUCAGAGGCUGGCAGUUGACAAGGAGCUAGCUCUAUGCAUCUGCUACUCACCAAUCCCAGACUUCACAGUUGCUUGGGUCCUGCUGGGUACUCAUCAUAGGACCUUAGCUGUAUGUGAUAAGCCAAUGUGAAUCUGGAUUCUGGAGCCCAUAGCUAAGAGGUGGAACAGGGGAAGGAAACCCAGUCCUCGCUAAUGCAAGAUCAGCAAACCUUACAUUCCAUAGGAGAGGAAAUGCAGGCAAGCAGAGAGCAAAGAUACACUGAAAACUCAUCCUGGCUGCAUGGCUCUGUCCAAAGCCACUGAAACAUUGAAGCGUGGCAUCUCAGUGAGAUUGUAGGACCAUGUUGUGCCCAUAUGGGACAAGAGACAUAAGAGUAUAAGAUGGUCUUGCCAAGAGUGAAGACAGAUAUGCCUAUCCAGGACUUCCCUGGUCCCAGAAUCUGGAGGCACACUGGGAGCCCUAGAGGCACCCAAGAGAAGGUUGGGACCCUCUCUGAGGAACUGCUCCCACCAGUCCUCUUCCAAGAGACAGUGUAGGGUAGUGGAUAGAUUUCAGGGCUAAGAUCUAGGGGAUCUUCUGGUUUUAUCCAGCUCUUCUGCUCACAUUGGAUAACCUUAGAGAAGCUGUUAUAACUCCCUGAUCAUCUUCUUUUUCAUCUGUAAAAUGAAGAACAUAAACCCUAAGGUUGUGAUGAAGGCUUCAACCAAGUGCGAAGUGGCACAAAUGCAGUCUCUUUCUGCAAGCCAGUUCUCUGAGUACAGUUCUUCUAGAAAGUAUUAGAAUACUCUGGAGGUGCUGUGCUGGGUUUGGGGGCUACCACUGGUCCCCAGAAGCCUGAAUCAGAUGACAGCUUUACCCUUGACUCCUACACCUCCCUUUCUGUUCUCCUGUCACCCAUGCCACUCUCAGGGAGAGCCAGAGCUGGGCAGCAAUGUCCAUUCCAAGCCUCCGUUUUGCCAGGAUAAGGGAAAUGAGUUCCCAAGAAAGGCAUGAUUUGUCCGGUGUUGCAUAAUGGGUUGGUAGUAGGGAUCUGAUCUGAGAGCAUUCUCCUAGAGCCCAGGCAUACAUUAUGAGUAUGUGACGUGUCCCUCAGGACAGAAAUCCUGCAAACUCACUGUGUUAACACACAGAGGUUCUUCCCUGCUUUAAGGAACCUGUUAUAAGAAAAUCUAGAUUUGUACACAGAGGUAGAAAAAUAGAACUCUUCUUUGCAUUUUGCUCCACUUGCACAUAAGCCCUCUAGAAUAUGUCCGUGAUUUUUAAGAGAACAGCUUUUAAGCUUGUGUGGUUCUCUUGAUGUCUGAAUCUGUGUUUUGAGGUAUUACUCAGAUGUGCCAGUGUACAGAAUUCUUGCCAGGGUGUCUUCAGUUCUUAACUCAAACAGUAUUAAUGAGGGGUGGGCUCCAGCAUGUCAGGAGCCCAGACUGGACAGGUCUUUCCAGCCCAUGUUCAGGAGAGGGCUAAGUUGGAUUAUGCCUGCCCUUUAUAGGGAAUACAGCAUUCUUACAACAUGCAUGCAACCUCUUUUGUAAAUGAUAAAUAAAAACCUAUUAACUGUAGGACAAUUUGACCUCCUGCCCCUGCUUCCAUUUGUGUUCACUGACUUGUGGAGACCAGUCUUCUUGACCCACCACCAAGCUCAGCCUGCCUUCUGGCUCCUUUGGUGGGUAUAUCCAACCUGACCCCCAGAUCCAACUGAGGGAGGCUUUGAAUUUUUGUCCAAAUUGCCUGCAUGUACCUCAAACAGCAGCUCAUUUGCAGAAUUGUCUACCUGACCUUGACUCAUCCAGGACUUGGAUUGAGCUUUUUCCCCAAGUAGGACACACUCACCCAGGGUUGCUUGGGAAAGAAGGAGAUUUGGAGCUAGAACUAAUUACCCCAGUGCAUCCCAGCAAGGCAGGAAUUGGGAGGCUUGGCAUGACAUGAAAACUGAGAAGGCAGCUCAUCUCUGGGAUGAUAGUUGUUAAGACCUCUAAACUGACACACAGUUUCUAGAAAGGAGUUGGACUCCAAGACAAGCUCAGAAACUUGAACCAAGGCAGAAUCAGUCUUGGAACUGGCUAUGGAAGGAGAAAGGGCAAGAUAGCCAGCAUGAGCCACCUUGGGGCAGAGGAGGUGGGUGCAGCGGAAUUGAAGAGAUCAGUGAAUGUAGUCAGCACUAGAGUAGACUCUGCCACUAAGGUAGAGUAGAGCUAAACAAGUCCCACUGCCUUAGGUAACAUCAGGGUGAGGGGCUCUCUGCUCAGUCACAUCAGGAUAGACCCAGACCUACAAGCUGGUACAAUGCAAGGCCUGUAGGGAAAGAGCUGAGAGGGCAGAACAGCAUCUGGCUAGGGCCUCCCACUCCUGGACUACAAGAAUGGAGCAUUAGCCCUAUGGACAACCAAUAGAUACUACUUGAAGAAAUCUUAUGGUUAUUUUUUUCUUUCCUGUAGUUGAGCCCAGACUUUCUAA